UGGACAUGCAUUUGCGCAAACCCAGCAAUUGGCUAGGCAUAUGAAUACACACACGGGAAAUCGUCCGUAUAAAUGUAAUUAUUGUCCAGCAGCAUUUGCGGAUCUUUCAACAAGAAAUAAACAUCAUCGUAUACAUACCAAUGAGCGUCCAUAUGUCUGUGAUGUAUGUGGUAAAGCUUUUACCUAUACGAAUACGUUAAAAUUCCAUAAAAUGAUACAUACAGGCGAAAAACCGUUUGUUUGUGACAUUUGCGGAAAAGGUUUCCAACAAAGCUAUAAAUUGCGCAAUCACAAAGUAACGCAUGCUAAGAAAGGUGUUAGCAUAAAAAUUGAGAAAAUUGAAGUCGAUGAUUUGACAGGGUAUCAAGAGGAUAAGGAAGCUACAAGCCAACUUCUGGGAAUAUAAUUUUUUUUAAAUAAAUAAUUUAGUACAAUGUUUCUUUAUAUAUAUAUUCGGUAUAGUGUAUAUCAGUUAGUUUAAGCUUAUCUUUGCAAUACAUAGUCCAUAUUUCUAAAAUAGGUUUAGUUGGAUUAAUGCAUGAAUUUAUCUGUUUCGGUCGACGUUUUAUCGCUGCUGGCUCAGAUAAAAUUCUGACAACAACAAUACAAUAUAUAAAUUAAAGAACAAUAUAUAUAUAUGU